CACGUGCAGUCAUAACGUCCCAUUGCGUCCCUUGACAUAAAUUUUGCACGAGCAAACGGCUGAACCUCCGCCCCCUCUGUGUGCAGGAAUAAACAUGAGCUUCCACAUCUUGUGUUGGGAGUUUAACUGGCAAUAUAAAAAUGGAUUAAUUUGAGUAGAUACUCAAAAGGAGACUUGCUGUAUUUAAAUAAUUUACAUCCACCAUYAGCAUUACCAACAGCCUACUUGAUUAUAGUUAAGAACCGUGUUUUUUCAACAUCAAGGAAAAAAACUUAAUAUAUACUAGAUAUUGAGUUAUUUGAAAUGUUUUAUGCUCACCCUGUAAAUUUAACAUGAAACCUUUAAAAAAAUUGAAUAAAAAUAUUUGAUCUAAGCCAACAGUUUGAUUUUAAAUCAUGUAUAAAUCCUAAAAAAAAAAAAAAAGCUUGAGACUCAUAAGGAGCCAGCCCGCUCUGAAUAUGGUGCUGUGUCUUUAAGGGCUCUUGCUGUAAUUCUUUCAGCAAUCACAUGGUCAUGAAAAAGAGAUCAAGCUUGAAGUCAUCCACACAAACACAGACAGAAAAGAAGAGAAAAAAAAAACUUCCCUUGGAUUUUGAAUUAUGCAGCAGCAGCUUCCUGUAUUUUUACACCUGAUCUGAGCCCAGCAGACAGACUGACUGGAAGAGCUACAAGAAAGUUCCCUUUGCUUUAAUUUUUUUUUACAUUCCAUUUUUUAAUUCUUUAAAAAGGAAAAAAAAACAUUAUCUGCUGUUUUUACUGAUUAGGAAUGCUUCUAAACAACCUAUGCUGGCUGUGGACUUCAUUUGUAUUUUUUCUACAUAAAGGCAGGUCUGUGUUCUGUAAGGAGAUGAAGUUCCCCAGCAGAGCGUCCAAGCCCCCGUCUCCGUCGGACUUCCUGGACAAACUGAUGGGGCGCACCUCUGGCUACGACGCUCGCAUCAGACCCAAUUUCAAAGGUCCUCCUGUCAACGUCACCUGCAACAUCUUCAUCAACAGUUUUGGAUCCAUCACAGAGACAACUAUGGACUACCGGCUUAACGUAUUUCUACGACAGCAGUGGAAUGACCCUCGACUGGCUUAUAAGGAAUAUCCAGACGACUCCCUGGAUUUAGACCCCUCCAUGCUGGACUCCAUUUGGAAACCCGACCUGUUCUUUGCCAAUGAGAAGGGAGCAAACUUUCAUGAAGUCACCACUGACAACAAACUGCUUCGGAUCUUCCAGAAUGGGAACGUCCUCUACAGCAUCAGGCUGACACUCACACUCUCCUGUCCCAUGGAUCUGAAGAACUUUCCCAUGGACAGCCAGAUGUGCACAAUGCAGCUGGAGAGCUUUGGCUACACUAUGAACGACCUGAUUUUUGAGUGGUUGGAUGUCGGAGCGGUGCAGGUGGCUGACGACCUGAUGCUCCCUCAGUUUGUGCUGAAGGAGGAGAAAGGUCUGGGUUACUGCACAAAGCACUACAACACAGGUAAAUUCACCUGCAUCGAGGUCAAGUUCUACCUGGAGCGUCAGAUGGGUUACUACCUGAUCCAGAUGUACAUACCAAGCCUGCUCACCGUCAUCCUGUCCUGGGUGUCAUUCUGGAUCAACAUGGAUGCUGCUCCGGCCAGAGUGGGGUUAGGGAUCACCACGGUGCUCACCAUGACCACACAGAGCUCAGGCUCCAGGGCCUCCCUGCCAAAGGUGUCCUAUGUGAAAGCCAUAGACAUCUGGAUGGCUGUGUGUCUUCUCUUCGUGUUCGCGGCGCUGCUGGAGUAUGCAGCUGUUAACUUUGUUUCACGGCAGCACAAGGAGUUCUUCAGACUGAGGAGGAAGCUGAAAGAGCAGCAGCAGCGGCAGAGAACUCAGGGAAGCAGUGACAGUAAGGCGAAAGGAAACAACACAACAGGAAACAAUCCUUCUCAUGGCAGYCAGAGGUGCAGUGCCUGUGCCAGGGAGGAGGAGCUGGCACAACAGGGCUUCCUCUUCCAAAGCAUAGGACUCGCUCUGUCAGCAGGGAGCGCUCCAGAAAUGGACGCCACACCAGUAUUUGCCGACUUGCCACCUGGUUUGGGGUUUUACGAAAUACGGCGGCGCUUCGUUGAGAGAGCAAAGAGGAUCGACACCAUCUCCCGAGCCGUUUUCCCCAUGAGCUUCCUCAUGUUCAACGUCCUUUACUGGCUCACUUACAAAGUUCUUCGACAUGAAGAUGUUCAGCUCACAAUCUGAAGAUGUGCAGAACGAAGAACUUUGACUCUGUUAGACUUCCAGUUCUGGUCCAAAACUUUCACAGACUGAGAGUACCUKGACUGCACGUUGAACUGGGAAAUUCUAGGAUGUUAAAAGGAAAUCUGUGGGUUUAUUGAUGAUUAUUUAUUUUGAUGCUUCUCAAAAAAAUACACAAUAAUUUAGUGUAGAUCAAGGGGGGGUCACAGUCAAUGAAACAGCUCAAGGGCCGAACAUCCAACAGAUAUUGUCAUUAUGUGUAUUUAUUUAAGAUUUCAAAUUUAAUUUAAAAUAAACUUAUGAGCUGGAUGUGGCCCCCGGGCCGCCAGUUGAAUGGGCCAGGUGUAGAUGCAAUAUAAGCCACAAGUGAGUCACUUUUACGGGACCAUUUCUGUACAUGCAGCCAAUGAUAUACGUCCAGGUUGAUAUUUAUUUACUGCACACUGAUUCUUACAGGUUCUCUUGCUUGGUUUACAGCUUUCAUUUAUCCAACACGUUCCUACAGGUUGGACCGAAAUAGAACCAAACGAAGUUAUCACUACAAUGAACUGCACUUCUUUCUCAACUUUAUUUACAAACCUGAUUAUUCUACUGUACACUGAAUAACUCUGAAAUUAAAGUCAAAUUUUACAGACAUGACUAUUUUAUGAAUUAACUAUCAAGGGAAUAAGAAUAAAGACUAAAAUACAUUUUU